UUGGUUACCCUAAACGGACUCACAUUAUUGACACCCUCAACACGCUUCAAGCGCCGAUCCCCAGCAUUUCUCUCCCGCUCUCGCUGAUCGCCAGCGCCGCCACCGACGCCGCCGAAGAACAUCUGCAGAUUCAUUGUCUCUGCAACUUCCGACGCCAUAGUGAAUUUCGCCACUCUGUGUCCUCGUCUCUGAGUGAAUCAGGGUUUUCCCAAUUCAGUUUAUUCUCGUAAUCGGUAGACAGAGAUGAAAAACCUCAAGCUUUAUUCAUUCCCUUCCUUCGACCUCGACCUGCAAUCGGAAGAAGAAACUCUUCUUCUCUCCGCUUUUGAUAUCGAACGCAACCGACUGUUCUUCGCCUCGUCGGCCAACAUCAUCUACGCAUUUGAGCUUCCUUCGUCUCAAGCAUGGAACAAAUCUCUUCUAUCGCCUCAGUUCUCUUCAGUUACUCUGGACCCUGGGGACUUCAUAACUGCUAUGGAUUACUUGAUGGAGAAGGAGGCUUUGGUGCUUGGCACAUCAGAUGGAUCCCUUAUACUGCAUACCAUGGAUGACAGCACAACUGAACUUGUUGGUAGAGUGGAGGGUGGUGUUAAACACAUUGCAUGCAGUCCGGAUGGAGCUCUUCUGGCCAUAACUUCUGGAAUUGGGCAAUUACUUGUUAUGACUCAAGAUUGGGAAGUUUUGCAUGAAUCUGCUCUCAACCUAAAGAAUGAUGCCAUAGGUGAUGUGGAUGGUUAUCCCUCCCAUUUUCAUGCCCCAAUUUCUUGGAGGGGUGAUGGGAAGUAUUUUGCUACUCUUGGUGGACUCCAUGAAUGCUACUCCAAGAAGUUGAGGAUUUGGGAGCGUGAAUCCGGAAUUUUACAUUCUGAGAGUGAACCCAAGGCUUUUGUGGGAGAAGCCUUAGAUUGGAUGCCGAGUGGCGCCAAGAUUACAAUGGCUUAUGAUUGCAAGAUCGCAACCAAACCGCUUAUAGUUUUCUUUGAGAAGAAUGGGCUCGAGCGAAAUUCCUUAUGCAUGGAUGAACCAGCAGAAAUCAGUAUCGUAAAAUGGAAUUGCAGUUCUGACCUUCUUGCUACUUCUGCCAAGUGUUCUCAGCAUGAUGCUAUAAAAAUUUGGUUUUUCAGUAACAACCAUUGGUACUUGAAACAAGAAAUAAGACAUUCAAAGAGCGAAGGUGUGAAAUUCAUGUGGAACCCAACAAAGCCGACAAAUCUCAUUAUUUGGACUGUCGGUGGAACAAUUACAAGCUACAAUUUUGUGUGGAUUACUGCUGUAACAGAGAAUUCAACUGCACUGGUUGUUGAUGGCUCUAGACUAUUAGUUUCUCCGCUUAAUCUGUCCCUCGUACCACCUCCCAUGUCUUUGUUCAUCUUAAAGUUUCCAGCUUCCAUUCAGGAUGUUGCUUUUCUUCAUAACAGCUCUAAGAACCAUUUGGCUGCAAGCCUCUCAGAUGGGAGUUUAGGUGUUAUGGAGCUUCCUAGGAUAGAUUCGUGGGCGCGAUUCGAGGAUGAAGAAUUUGUCAUCGAAACUGCAAGGUUGGAUUUAAAGUUUAGAACAUUUGCACAAAUCAUGUGGUUAGAUUCUCACCUCUUGCUCGGUGUGACUCGCAACCCAUGUGAUUCACUCUCAAAAUCAUCACGAGAUGAGAGCGAACUUAUUCAUCAAAAUUUGAAUUGUUCUGCAUAUUCUUUGUUGGAGUUCGAAGUUGUAUGCUCGGUGGAUUCUAUACCUGAACUCUUAAAUUCUUCGGGUUGGCAUGCAAAUCUCUCUAAGAGUUCGCCUCUUGAAGGGGUUGUUGUUAGCAUUGUCUCAAAUCCUUGUAAAAAGGCAUCUGCUUUUGUUCAGAUGGAAGGGGGAACUAUCUUCGAUUAUACGUCCGGUUUUUCUUUAAGAAGAGGAUCACGAUUCGGUGAGCCCGACCCCGAACACGGAUUUUCAGCAUCAUGCCCGUGGAUGAAAGCAGUUCAGGUUUGUGACAAUGGCGAUGCGAAGCCUUUACUUUUAGGGCUCGACUACGAUGGAAAACUUCGGGUUGGGAAGCGAGUUUUAUGCAGUAAUUGCAGUAGUUUUACAUUAUAUUCUAGUGGUUGUGGCGGUGCUGAGCAAAGUACACAUCUUUUUCUCACUACAAAGCAGGAUUUUUUGUUCAUUGUUAGCAUAGAUGAUAUUUUACAGGGAAACAAGGAAAUAAAAAUCGAAAGCUUAAAAGACCUGCCAAAUAGACGAGAUAAAGAUAAAGACUUUAUUAAUAUAUGGGAAAAAGGCGCAAAAUUGAUCGGAGCUCUCCACGGAGAGGAAGCUGCGAUCAUUUUACAGGCGCAUCGGGGCAGCUUGGAAUGUAUUUAUCCAAGGAAGCUGGUCCUUCUUUCGAUACUUAAUGCUUUACAACAGAGGCGCUUCAAAGAAGCAUUGGCUAUGGUGAGGCGGCAUCGGAUAGAUUUUAAUUUCAUUAUUGACUGCUUUGGUUGGCAAAGAUUCAUUAAAUCAGCUGCAGAGUUCGUUAAACAAGUAGACAACCUUGCUUAUGUCACAGAAUUUGUUUCGUCCAUAAAAGGUGGAAAUGUGAUGGAUAGUUUGUACAAAGAUUACAACUGUCCAUCUAUUACUGAUGAAACUUCCAAUGUGAGUAUGGAAAGCUCCAAUUUUAUUGAAGAGGGAAAGGUAAAUUCUGUUCUGCGAGCGAUACGAAAGGCUCUUGAAGAACAAGUACGAGGAAGUCCGGCACGAGAGCUCUGUAUAUUGACAACUUUAGCUCGAAAUGAGCCACCUGCUUUAGAGGAAGCGCUUAACAGAAUAAAAUCAAUCCGCGAGAUGGAAGUAUUGGGUGUGAAUGAUGCUGAAAGGAGCUCAUUCCCUUCUGCUGAAGAAUCCUUGAAACAUCUGUUAUGGUUAGCUGAUUCUGAAGCCGUCUUUGAAGCUGCUUUGGGUCUUUAUGACAUAAACCUUGCUGCCAUUGUUGCAUUAAACUCUCAAAAGGAUCCUAAAGAGUUUCUUCCCUAUCUCAAAGAGCUGGAAAAUUCACCGCCGGUUGUAAUGAGAUACUCAAUCGACCUGAGGUUACGAAGGUAUGAGAGUGCACUUAAGCACAUGUUUUCGGCCGGCGAAGACCAUUAUGAAGAUUGCUUGAAUCUUAUGAAGCAAAAUCCACAACUUUUUUCACUUGGCCUUCAAUUAUUCGCCAAAAGUGCUCAUAGAACUGAAGUCAUAGAGGCAUGGGGCGACCAUCUUUAUGAUGAGAAAUGCUUUCAAGAUGCUGCUUCUGCUUAUUUGUGUUCUUAUUCUCAUCAUAAGGCCUUGAAAGCUUAUAGGGGUGCAGGUGAUUGGAAAGGUGUGCUCACAGUAGCUUCACUUAUGGGUUUAAACAAAGGAGAUGUCUGUCAACUGGCGAACGAACUUUGCGAAGAAUUUCAAGCACUCGGUAAACCGGUGGAGGCAGCCAGGAUUGUGUUGGAGUAUUGUAAUGAUGUUGGUCGAUGCGUAGGGUAUUAUAUUAUGGCACGAGAAUGGGAAGAGGCUCUUAGAAUUAGUCGUAUGGAUGAGAGUGAGGAUUUUGCUUCCCGUGUUGAAGAUGCAGCUUUGGAAUGUGCAAGUUCGUUGAUGUCGGAUUAUAAGGAGGCGCUCGAAAAACUUGGGAAGUACUUGGCUCGCUAUCUCGCUGUACGUCAGAGAAGGUUACUACUUUCUGCCAAGGUUCAAUCAGAGGGCAGAUUGACAGAAAAUACGGAUUAUGACACUGUUUCUGAAAUCAGCAGUAGUUUUAGUGAGAUGAGUGCAUACACCACAAGGACUGCUAAGAAUUCAGUUACUUCAACCGCCUCAACUAACAUUACAAAGUCGCGAUGCAAAGCAAAUAAAAGAGGAAAGAUUCGAGCCGGAAGCCCUGGAGAGGAGAUGGCACUGAUUGAGCAUCUGAAAGCCAUGGCUCUCACCGACGAUGCUCUUCGUCAGCUUAAAUCCUUACUGUCAGCUCUUCUGAUGCUGGGAAAGGAGGAGAUUGCUCGGCCGCUCCAAUCUUCGGGAUAUAACUUUCAGUUGUCUCAAUAUUCUGCUGUUAAACUUGCAGAAGAUGUCAUGGCUACUGAUAGGAUAGAUGAUAGAACACAGACUUUGGAGCAUUACAUUGAACAGAGGAGAGAAUCAUGGCUUUCUGAAGCUCGGUCAUGGCAGUUCAAAGUAUUGGCUCCUCUUAGCAGGUAGAAAGUGCUCGGUUUGCAGUACUAUUUAUUGAAAAGUCUGAUUUUUAUGACCAAAGGUGGGAUUUUUAAUACUUGAUUGUGUUGUAUGAUCAGGAUCCUUUUUAUUUAUUGAUUUUAAUGUUGAA